AAGGCUUGCACUCAGCUCUCGGAUUUCCGCUUCGACCGGGACGUAAGUUGCCACUGCUGCGCCAUUGGCCACGUCAAUCCAGUAACGGGCAAGGCGAUGAUUUGCGACCAUGAGACCAUAAGAGAAUGCCUCCGCAUUUGGUUUGGGUCUACCGCCGAGUUUGAGCAGGUCAUUCGCGACAGGGUGGCGCCAACUUUCCAGCGGAGUUUUUGGAAGCACCCGUUGCCAUACAAAUGGAUUUUGGGAGCCACCGUCCCAACGCUCUGGAUCAGCGUGUGCAAUGCCAUGCAGGCAGCUCAUGAUGGGUCAGAUUUCCUGGCCUUGCAGAUAUUCUGCAACCUUUCGUUUUGGCUGGCUGGCUUUCCUGUCCUUCUGCACAUCGAGUUGAAGCUUGCGCAUCUCAUGCGCCAGCAGCGUCGCCAGCUUCACUGUGAUGUCUUAGUCAACCUUGCACUUGCACUUGCUGGCAGCUUUCUGUUUGCUCUCUACCUCGUGGCAGAGGCCGUGUGGAUGAUCAUUCUUCAGGACACCUGGCUUGGAUCCGCCUGUUCGGCGGCGACGUGGGUGGUGCUUGCGGCCUUCGUUUGGCACACCUAG